AUGGUGGAACAGAACUCCAUCGACCUGCAUUGGCUCUUGAGAAAAAGAAUAUCCAUCUUUGUUCGUGCUCUUCUCAGUUUGGAAGAUUUUGGUAAUAUAAACGCCUCAGUUCAGAUAACAUAUAUCCGAUUGGGUCUUCUCCAAGAUUUUAAGAAAAUGAAGGAUAAUUAUUUCGAUGAACUAUCUAAGAAGGGCCUUCUAUAUUCUUACCUUGAUAUUGAAGAUAUACUACUAAAGUGCUUUUGUGAGCUACUCAACAAUGGUUAUUCCCUUUUGCUAAUGACGGAUGCAGAGGCUAUUAAUAUGGGAUCUUUAAAGAAACAUAUUGAAGACAUUUGUCCCCCAGAUAAUGGGGUUGAACAUGGUAGAUCUUCUAAGUAG